AUGGAUGCUGCUCCGCUCUCCUCAUCCGCCGCUGCUGGAAAUGGAGGAGGUCCGGCGCCGUUUCUUCAGAAGACGUAUGACAUGGUGGAUGAUUCAACCACAGACGAGAUCGUCUCCUGGAGCUCUAACCACUGCAGCUUCGUCGUUUGGAACAAUACCGAAUUCGCUCGCCUUCUCCUCCCAACCUACUUCAAGCACAGCAAUUUCUCCAGCUUCAUCCGUCAGCUUAACACCUAUGGAUUUCGGAAAGUACAUCCUGAGCGUUGGGAGUUUGCUAAUGAAGAAUUUAUAAAAGGUCAAAAGCAUCUUCUGAAGAAUAUACACCGCAGGAAACCUAUACACAGUCAUAGUCAUCCUCCGGUUUCUGUUGUAGAUCCUGAAAGGGCAGCAUUUGCAGAGGAACUCGAUAAACUGUCGCGCGAGAAAAAUGCUCUUGAAUCCAAUAUCUUAAACUACAAACAGCAUCAAUCAACAGCAAAGCUUCAGAUGGAAGAUUUUCACCAUCGAUUGGAUGGUAUAGAGAAGAGGCAGACAAAUUUGCUGAACUUUUUAGAGAAGGCUCUUCAGAAUCCUUCUUUUGUUGAUCAUCUUUUGCGCAAAAUCGAAUCCAUGGAUUUGGCGGCAUAUAAUAAGAAAAGGCGACUGCCUCAGGUUGAUCACGUGCAGCCUGUUGCUGAAGGUAGCUUGGUUGACAAUCAUAGUAAUUUUAGACUGGAAUUUGGAAAUGUUAUCCAUCAAGAUUUCUCGAGCAAACUCAGACUGGAAUUGUCACCAGCUGUCUCGGAUAUGAACUUGGUAUCAGGUAGCACACAGGGUUCAAAUGAAGGCGAGGAAAGCCUGCAGAAGAACCUGUCUGAAGGAGAACCGAAAGGAAUGCAGACAAGAACUGGCCUUGCUUUUGCACCUGAAACACUAGAGCUUGCAGAUACUGGGACAUCUUUUACUUUUAAUAUGGAUUCGUGUUUAUCACGAAGAGCAACAAAUACUGAGUGCCCAAAUCUUCACUCCCUGGAGCCAAGUAGUGAAGAAGGUGAUAGUCAUAUAUCCUGCCAACUAAAUUUAACUCUGGCAUCUUGUCCAUUGGAAUUCAACAGGAAUUCAUACUCGGCCAGAUCACCCCAGAUAGAUUGUCAAGAAAUUGGCAAUUUUGCGGAAUCGAUAGUUAACGCCAAUGGUAAAGAAUCAGAAAAUGGAGUUUCCUUAAACCGAAUUGUGGCUAAUGAGGAUAUCAAUUUAGCUUCACCGCAGGAAGCUUCAGGUAACGGUCAAGUCAAGCCAGCUGCUCCACGUAGAGUGAAUGACGUGUUUUGGGAACAAUUCCUUACUGAAAGACCAGGCUGUUCAGACAAUGAAGAGGCAAUAUCCAACUAUCGAGCAAAUCCAUAUGAUGAGCAAGAGGAAGGGCGGUCAGUUCAUAGAAUCUCUAGUAACUCCAAGAACAUGGAUAAUCUCACACUCUGA